UCGCCCUCUGCUGGACAUUCAGCACAAACACCCGUUGUCUCUGAUGGAAGCUGAUCGAUCUCUGAUCAGUUACGCCAGUCUCUGUUUUAUUGACCUUCCGGUGGGCGUCGCCGUCGUACCGGACGUCUCGCGUGUAAAAGAUCAGAUGAUUCGGGCUGCAGCGGACUGAUCUUACGGUCAGACAUGGAUGAGGCUCAGCAGGAUCGACAGCAGCUCCUCGUGGAGAAGAGGAAGUGGCAGACGGAGCUGGAGAACAAGAAGCGUCAGCUGGAGGACGACAGGAGGGCCCUGCAGCACCUGAAGUCGAAGGCUCUGAGGGAGCGCUGGCUGCUGGACGGAGCGCCCUCUGCUGGACCGGAACAGGACGAAGUGAGGAGACAGCUGGAGCAGGAUGAGGCCAAGACCCGGAGCCUGGAGGAGGCCAUCGACAGGUUGGAGAAGGAGGUGGUCGGCUUGGAGAGUGGAGGCGUGGACCAGACCGUAACACAAACAACUGUGUCAUCAGGAUCAGUUAAAGCGGCAAAGGUCAAAGGUCACAGCGGCCGUCCGCACGACAGAGCUGCAGCCUCAGAUCAGAUAGUCCAAGCCCUUGCAGAGGUCAAAGUUCACAAAAGCCCCCGAACGAACAAAGCGAGCGAGGCGACGGAGGAGAUGAAGAGAGCCAUGUACUCGGUGGAGAUUACAGUAGAGCGGGACAGAGUGACGGGGGAAACCAGGGUUCUGUCCACUAACACCACACUUCCUGUUGACCUGUCUCACCAAGGGGUCAAAGUUUACGAGGACGAGAGGAAAGUGGUCCACGAGAUGAACGGCGAAGACGGCGUCCAGCCGCUCAGCUCGUCGGAGGUCGAAGAGCUCCUCACCAAAGCCGACAAGACCACUUCUGUGACGCCGCAGGGCGUCGCCACGGUGACGCCGCAGGUGUCCGCCCAGGAGGAGGUGCGUCCCGAGUCGCCGCCGCUGCCUGCCGGGGUCACCGGACUGGAGACCAGUCAGGGCGGAGAGCCCAGCGUGGCCGGGGCCAGCGCCGAGAACCCCGUCACCAUGGUGUUCAUGGGAUAUCAGAGCGUGGAGGACGAGGACGAGACCAAGAAGGUUCUGGGCUUGAAGGGGACAGUGAAGGCCGAGCUGGUGCUCAUCCACGACGCCAACGGGAAAACGUCACCGGGCGACGGCCGGGAGGAGGCCGGUGGGCCUCAGACCCCAGACCCGGCUCCGCCUCCGGCUUCGGCUCCGCCCCCCGCGGCCUCUCCCGCGACUCCGGCGCCGAGCAACAGGGAGGCGGAGGAGGGGAAGGGGGUAGUGGGGGGAGUGGGGGAGGGGAUGGGGGCAGUGGGGGAGGGGAAGAAGGAGAAGCAGCCGUGCAAGUGCUGCAGCAUCAUGUGAUCCUGCAGGGGGCGCCGCUUCUAGAUCUAAUCAUAUAAAAACGAAAAAGACCCGGGACAUAAGCUACAGGAAGUAAACUCCACGCACUGCCGUCUGCUCCGCCUCUAACAACAUGACAUCAUUUCCUGUUUUUUCAUUCUCUUGUUCUAUAAAACCUCUUAACUUUUUUUCUAUUUUCUUGAAGCCUUUUUACUUUUGUACUCAUGUUUCCAGCUGUGACGCCUGAUUGAGUCUGAUUAGCUUAGCAUUAGCAUUAGCUUGUAGCAUUAACCUCUCUCUCUUUAUAAGCUCCACCGUAGAAAACAGUGAAUUAAUUUUAGAGUUGUAUUUAUUUAAUUUUGUAAGUUUCUCCUGCAGAGUUUCAUGAUUCUGUUUGUUGGAGUUUUAUAAAAGAGAAAAUAAAAGCAUAACGAAAACACAAGAAAUUGGUUCUGUAUUUCUGUUUGCUGAUGCUCCUUCAGUCUCCAUCACCUCCAUCUCAGACUGCCCCACCUAAACCAACUCCUUCAGUCUCCAUCACCUCCAUCUCAGACUGCCCCACCUAAGCCCAUCUCCAUCACCUCCAUCUCGGACUGCCCCACCUAAACCAACUCCUUCAGUCUCCAUCACCUCCAUCUCAGACUGCCCCACCUAAGC